CGUGUAAACACAAAGUACCCAGUAACAUCCUCGUGCACGGGAACAAGUCCAAAGGACGAACGGUUUGUUUCAAGUUCUCAUGAUUCCUGAACUAGGCAGUUCGUUCGAACUUCUCCAAGAGGACACACUACGCCUCAAGACUCAUUUAAAGUACUACCACUCUCAUUCUAAGGGGUGAACCACCAAGGUUCCGAUUCUCUCCACUUGGAUCCCAUAACACGUCCCAGCGUCAAGUAUUGACUGGCAUACAUUGUUAGCCAAAGCAGCAUGGCGGCUUCCUCUGCCGCCGUCAAAUUGAAAAUCAGGGGAAAAAUCAUGCUCUCCCUGAGCCCUUGGGUGGCCUUAGCUGUUCUCUUGGCUCCAUUGGCCUCAGCAGUUCCUAUUGGCCAGGAGCAACAGUGCGCCUCAUCUUGCCCCGAGGAUGAUGGUUCCUGGGGCUAUACUCCAGGUUCCACUUACACCUUCAAUUAUGAAGUAGACACGAAUACGGCCAUGAAGGGGGCCUCGUCCCAAACAUCCGAGGUCCAUAUGCAGGCCACGGCCAAGAUUCAUGUCAUCAAUCGAUGCAACUUUCAACUCCGGAUUGAUGACGUUGAAUUUGGAAAUGGCCAUGGAGGAUUGGCAGAUUCGAGUUAUGGCCCGGAGUUGACGAGGUUUCCUCUGAACUUUGCCUUCCUGUCAGGACAGAUUCCGGAGACGUGUCCCCACGAGGACGAGUCUCUUUGGGCCUUGAACGUGAAGCGAGGUUUGCUCUCAGCCUUUCAAAAUACCCUGACAACGAGCUCGUCCACAUCGGGAGUGAGUCGCAAUGCGCACGAAGUGGAUGUGGUUGGAAUUUGCCCCACCAGCUACAAACAAGAAUUUCAAACGGACACCGAGACUCGUUACAUCAAAAGCAAAGACAUGAAAGAGUGUUCGAGAAAUCAGAAACUGCACCAACAUGCACUCAAUUUACCCGAUAUCAAUAUCCAACAUCUGCCUCUCCUCGAGAGCCGACACGAGUGCAAUGUGGCCAUUCGAGACGGGAUUUUACAAUCGUCGAAAUGCAGAGAAAAGCACAUUUUCAAGCCCUUCAGCCAAGGAAACUCCCAAGGAGCAAUCACGGAACAAACGCAAGCCUUGGAAUUCAGAGGACGCGAAACAGGACUCACGCCAGAACCUUUGGCUUUUGUUGAGCGGGUAUCUCUUCUACUCACCCACGAACACAAAAAUGAUCAAAAGGACUCGUAUGAGGAGGCGUUGGUCGUUCUUCAGCAAUUUAUGGAUCAUCCAGAGAUCAACGCGCGACCCCACCUCUUUACUGAGCUGACCCAUGCCCUGCGGAAACUCAACUUCAGCCAACUGUAUUCAUUUUUCGUCAAUAUUCAAGGUGAAUCUCGACGAUUCGCUUUGGACGCUAUUCCUUUACUUCGGACCAAUGCUGGAGUUCAACUUAUGGUGGAUCGCAUUCAAAGUGGUGAAUUGGACCACGAGAAAAUGGAACGAUGGUUCUACUCACUGACGUUCUAUAAGAACCCAACCACACAAAUGAUAAGCGCUCUGAUUCCUUUCCUCGAAGGUCAGCCAGGCCGGUCAGCCAUCUUGGGGAUUUCAGCCUUAAUUAGCACCUUCUGCCAAAGCGACAAGGAUUGUCAAGCCGACUCAGAAGUUCAAAGGGCCAUUUUGAAAUUCGAGAAAAUUCUGGGUUCCAAUUGCUACGCCAUGGGCCAAGAGGAGGAAGAUCGUGUGGUUCUGGCCUUGAAGGCCCUCCGCAAUGUGGGGAUUACCAUCAAUGCCGAGCCAGUCACGAUGAGAUGCUUUCAAGAGAAGACCAAUCCCAUGGAAAUUCGACUAGCAGCCAUGGAUUUGGCGCGAGAUCUGGCUUGUCGGUCUCGAUUGACACGGGAGGCACUGUUGCAAGUGAUCUCCUUGACCGACAAUGACUCUGAAUUGAGAAUUGGCGCCUACUUGGCUUUGUUCAAGUGUCCUGACAAGGCUCUAGUUCUUCAGCUCAAGGCUUUGCUACUUCAGGAACCUGUCAAUCAAGUCGGAUCAUUCAUCUGGACCCACUUGACAAAUUUACAAGAGACCAGGAGUUUGUCAGCGGGCAAGCAGUUUGUCAAAAAACUGAUUGGCACCGAGUUCCUCAAGAACAAAUGGAACACGGAUGUGCGGAAGUUCUCGCGGUAUUUCGAAACCUCGCGAUACAACAAAGAAGGCAAUUUUGGCGGAACCGCUGAGGCCAAUAUAAUUUUUUCACAAGAAAGCUACUUGCCUAGAUCGGCAAUGGUUAACAUGAGUCUGAGCCUCUUUGGCGAACACCUCAACCUAUUCGAGUUAGGUGGCAGAAUUGAAGGCCUCGAAUCCAUGAUUGAGAACCUGUUUGGCCCCGAGGGAAAGUUCCGGGAGGAUACGUUCCACAAAAUCCUAAAAAGCCUCCGCCAAAAGAGAGACGUCGAGAGCAACGAAAUCGCCAGCUUUCAACAGACCUACAACAAUUAUCGGGAAGAACAGCCCAAGGGCAACUAUUACUUUAGAAUGUUCGGAAAAGACAUUUGGUACGAGUCAUUCUUGGGGUUGCAAGAUCUCUGGCGUAAAGUCUCCUACUACCCGGGUCACUUCUUCGGGUCCAAAGAACAGGCCGUGGAUUUGGCCCGAUCCAACAUCUUUUUGGAUGGUGGCAUAACCAUCCCAACCAUGGCUGGUCUACCACUCAAAUUGAUCGUAAACGGCACCUACAGUGCCUCUCUGAAAUCAUCCGUUCAAAUGGACACCAAAGAUCUGUUCACCAAAGGACAAGCUAAAAUUCAAGCUCAUAUCUAUCCGACUGCAUCGGUGGAGAUCAUCGGACUUAUGGGCGUGGACGCGGGAGUGGCCCAAACAGGUCUGAAAUCAGUUUCCACCUUGUACUCCAACACUUUCCUCGAUGGAUCCAUUCAUCUGCGGGGACAGGAUGGCGUCUCCGCCGUACUAAACAUGCCCAAGGACACCGUGGAAGUGCUAGAGGCCUCGGUGGACUUCUUCACGUUCGAGGAUCAAGCCUUCCAGCCCUUGGUGUCUGAAAAUGCCCUGGAGAAGAGUUUUCAAUGCACCCCCGACAUCUAUAAUACCUUCUUUGCUGUGGAAGCUUGUCACCACUACCAAUAUCAUGCUUCUCAAGACAACGAAUACUACUUUCCCGCUUCAUUCUUCGCUGGACCCUCGAAAUUUGGGUUCUCAUUCAGAAAAACGGACCAAUUCGAGCGUUACGCUCUGGUCUACGGCUGGAGCCAAGUCCUCGAUAAGGAACACGAUAGUAACUUGAUCCACAAGGCCAAGUUCUCCUUCGAUACUCCUGGAUCCGUCCAGGACCACAAGACCAGUGUGGAACUAGUUUACGACGACAUUGCCAGCAUAGUCGGGUUUGACUUCACGGUUCCAUAUCGUUCCAUUCGUGGCUCCGCGAAAUACCAAUGGACGGCCAAGCAAAAGGUAUUGAAAGGCGCCAUUUUAGCGGAUGGGGUCAAUCUAGCUUCAAUGCAAGUCGGAUUGAAGAGUGCCCAUGCCGAAGGUCGAUAUGGUGUGAGGGCUCACAUCAACUACGGCGACCUCGAGGUGCUCGAUUGGAGCGGAACAUUCAAUGUCAUGAGGAACAAGGCCAGUCUAGAUGGUAUGAUGAUGGGCCACUUCCACACCCCGGUCAAAGUGUUGGCCGAUUGGUCAUCUGCCCACAACUCGGCCACACUCCGCACGACGUUCAAUUCCAAACGGCUCGAUUUCAACUUCAAUGGACACGCCUCAUUCAAUGACGACUCCUUCGCUCUUGGCGGUGACGCCAGUUAUGACUGGAUGCGAUCGGGCAGUAAGGCCAUCAAAUUGGACGCUCAAUACAAAACAUCUUCUAGUGGGGCUCUCAAAAAGCAUAACAUAUUCAUCUCCUCCAAAAUUCCGAGUCACCCAAACCUACAGUUUGAGACCAUUUGGGACAUUCAAACCAGCACGGGGUACUUGGAAAACAAGGCCAAAUUCAUUUUGGCAGAGGAGACCUAUGCUUUGCAACAAAUCGUGUCGUCGCAGCAAAAAUCCGACCUAAGUGAAUUCCUUUUCAAGGCUUGGUUGGAAAUUCCCAAGUCUAACCGAAAAUAUGGCGUUGAUUUUGUGCAAAUGGCCAGCAACCAGAAAGGAACCAACCAACUGCGGCUAAGCUACGGCAAGUCCUUCCGCUUCGACACGCACUUCAAUUACGAGCGCCAAGUCAAUCCCGGCGUUUACUACUUCGAUGCAGGCAUCAAAUAUCCCUCACAACGGUUUCAGCUCCUCUUUGAUUUGAAAGAAGAAUCCCAAGGAUAUCUCAAUGGCCGCACCCAAGUGCAAUGGGGCGAAACGGUCAAAGAACAAGCUGAGGCGGAAUUUCGCUUGAAACCGGGUUCCAAAUACUCGUGCGACUAUGCCAUCUCCGUGAACCUGCGCCCUUCGGACUGGAAACCCAUUUCCAUCUCGGGAAUCGUGCUUUCCCAUGCGGGCCGAAGUCUAGCUGAAUUCAAAUGGAUCCAUGGCGAUCAGGAUUAUCAACUUCGCCUGGAGCACGCACCCAUUCAGCAGGGACUGGAAUCCGGCAUAGUGGGUGCACUCAAGGCCAACGAGAUCGAUUACAAUGGAACAUUCAUCUAUCGCUUUGAUGACGUCAUGAGUGCAUUCAAAUUAGACGUCCACGCCGAAAAGCGUGUCCAAGUUCGAUUUCAGGUCGAUACCUUUGUGGAAGACGUUGAAUUUAGCGUUUACUGGGACAGAGACGUGGAUGACUCCAAACGUUUCCUUUUGAAGUCUCAAAUUUUGCCCAAGCAAAUUCUGGCAGAGUUCGACUUUCUGAUUCACUCCGGAUCCUUGGAUGCCUCAUUUUUGCCUCGAGGAUACGCCUUCAAGGGGAAGUUUGACGAUCAAUAUUUGACAACCGAGGCAGAGUGGCGACUGGAUGAUGAGGUGUAUGGUGUCAGGGGUAUUAUUGAGAGCUCAUUUGAUCCAAUCAAGGAGGGCAAAGUUAUUGUCAAACACUCGUUUCAAAGGAGAGUGAAGCCAUCCCGCAAGACUGUUAUGGACACAAAGAUUGCGGUGCAAUUGAAUGAUGCCGUUAAACACUCCAUCUCGUGGAAGAGCGAGUACAACGGCAUUUCGUUGCUGAAGGCCGAGAUCAAAACCACAUCCACUUACGAGCCUUUUAACGGCCACCACGCCUGGAUCAACCAUUACUUUCAAGGCGGAAAAUUCAACUCAAAAGCCAUUCUGAACCAGAACCAACAAGAUCUAUUUGAUGUGACAGCAAUUGUGGAGCCAAUGAGUCAUGGCCUCUUCAGACUAAGCUCUGGUUGGCAACCCUUAAGCUCUCUCGAAAUUCAUUUGAAUCACCACGGAAAGACGAUUGAAGGCGAUUUUAAUUUGAACAAGAGACAUCAAGGUGAAUUUGAGGUCGAAUUGGACCUGAAAGAACGAUGGAAUCACUACGUCAAAGUGAGGGCCUCGAGUUCGAUUUGGGCGGAUUUCGAGGGUCAAUGGAAAUUGGACCAGGAUGACAAGAGAACACAAUGCAAAUUGUUAGCAGUUCUUGGCCAUCGAGGCAUUGAGUGGCUAUCUGAUGUGGCCGUGCAGGAUCCAGACUCUUCCAUUCAUGUCCAAAUUACCAAACAUUGCCCAGCUCAUCCACAGACAUUGGUCUUUCAGGCGGAUCAUCAGCCAAAGAAACUUCAAAUCAUCGCCAACCGAUCAGCAUCGUCUCAAACAAUUGUGAACGAUUUCCUCCUCAAGUUUGAGCAAGGGAAAACAGGACCAGAGUCUGAGCUUCGAAUGGUUCAUUAUGGCCAAACGAUGAAUGCCCACUUCAGUAGCAACGAGGAUGGUGCGUUCGGUGACUUGACCCAAGUCAAUGAUGGAGAGAAGGUGUUGGACGUUCGGGUGGUUGCUCAACAGCAAAAGGAGUUCGUUUCAAGCGAGGGUGGAUCCACGGUUACCGAUCAGCAAUACGUCUUAGACGGCCUCGUCUGGAGUUCCGAGAUCACUCUCGGUAAAGUGUUCCUUCUCGGCACGAUUCGCAACGGACGACCCUUGAAGCUUGAAACAAAGAUAGAAAGUGGAACAGACUACUUCCAAUCAAACAUGGAGAUCAUAACCCUCGAAGGAUCGGAAGCCGAUAUGAAGGUCAUCUCGAAGUCUGAGAGCUCGUAUCCGUUUUUGCAGGAGGCAAUUCUUGAAUUCACGCGCGAACUUCAACAGAUCGGCGACUCGUUGAGAUUGAAAGACCGACUAUACAUGGCACAUAAUCAAAAAGAGUACUUGGCCAUUUCUAACAAUCAGAUGGGACCGGAAGGCUACGAUAUCAACCUCUCACUGACAAAAGACGGAGUGCUUCUCGGGCAAUUAGAAAUGGAUAUUGAUCGACAAUUUAUGGGAGCGGGAGCGUUACGCCUGGUGGAUGCCAUGGAACGAUCCCACCACUUGAACUGGAACUCUGAUGAUGACAAUGGUCGUUAUACUGUCGAAAUCGAGAGCCCUCUACUAGUUGACCCAGUCUUGUUGAGUUGUCAAUACAGCUUGGUCAACCCGCAACUGGAACUGAAAGCCGUUUAUCAAGUGGAUGUACUUCACGUGCUUUUUAAGCCAGACUACAACACUGGAACGUCAACAUUGUACGGACUGGUCCAUCCCAAUUGGAUCGAAGAAAAUUCACGGUUUGUUUUGUCCCUGAAGUAUCCUUUCCUGUCCCAAAUGACGAGCGAUACAGCCGCUUUUAAAGGCCAACUGAACACCCCAAUUGAAGGCUGGCAAGAAGUGGCUGCCGAAAUCCAACUCGACCUGUCCAAUGCCAAUGGAAUGAACCGAGUUGAAUUUGAUGUUCAGAAACAAAUGCAAAAGUACAAGGGCGUAAUUUAUACCGAAUAUCACCCAAGUCAAAGCAUCAAGCUUUGGGGAGAUCUUUCUCUGGCUGGAUUGAACGUCAACGGAGAUAUCGUAGUCCAUUACGAUCGCCAAACUAUCAAGGUCCACUAUCAUCAUUGGAGCGGCGACGAGAUCGAGGCUCAAGUCCAAUUUUCCCCCUUUACGUCUGGCAAUAUGCAAUCCGAAGUAACCAUUCAAAUGAAUGGCCAAGAUUUUGCAAAGAUGCAAGUCGACAUCGACUUGGCGUCCGAAACAAAAACACUGGCUGCAGAACUUGAUGUCUUCCCCAAGCAAAUUUGGUUCCGCGCAAACGGCGAGUUGUCACCUGCCAGUGGUCUUUUAACCCUUGAGCGAUCCAUGAACCAGCCUACUUCCACCAAGUCUGAAAUGUCUUACCUUCAAACGGAGAACAAAGGCACGAUCAAGGUUAGCUUGGACGUGGACAAACGCAGAAACAUUGACCUGAAUUGGGCAUAUUUAGACAAUGAUGGGAUGGAAAUUGACCUGAAAACCCCAAUGGACUCUUUGAAGACACUUCGCAUUCGGCUCCUCAAAUCCCAGCACAUUGCCAAACAUAUGUCUCUGGACCUAACGGCUGACUUGAAUGCAAAUAGUGAAAUAUCUGCUCAAGUGAACUUGAAGGGCGAGGCCGAUGUGAGUGCUAUUGUCAAGGUCGAAUCGCCUUACUUGAACCCAAUUGACAUUGAAGUGGUGUAUAAACUAUCUGAAUCCAACCGAGAGGCAUCAUUAUCACUCCAAACACCAUUUGAAGCCUACAAUUUUUUGCUCCAUGUGAGCGAGGACUUCCACUCCGCCCGCCUUGACGUUGAACACGCCUCCGAGGGUAAAGAGGUCUUCUCAAGCCACUUGAAAUACAACACCCAGGAAGUUUUUGACCAAGAGCUAACUGUCCAUUUUGAUGGCUCCGAGGGUAGUGUGAAGUUGAGUAAUGAGGGAACGAUCUUCAACCUCAGCCAUCCUGGACUUGGACAAUGGGGAGCCAAAGUCACUGUGGUCGAUGGCCAACUUCACGCAAGGCUAUCUCAAGAUGAGGGACGCGAAUUCGAAUUCGAUGUAACGGGACAAUUUGGACACUCUAAAGAAAUCGGAGAGUUCAACGGUCGAUUGUUUUGUAAGAAAUGGCAACGAGACGAGACUUCGGAAAUUUCUGCCAGUUAUGACCUUCACGACCUUCAAAAGAAGUUGAAUCUACAGGGCUCGUUGAUUGCCCCCUUCAAAGUCGAAUUCAAUGUUAGUUCAACGUUUCAAUUUGAGCACAAAAAGUUUCAAGGCAACACCGUCGUGAUUUCUAAUCUUCUUGAACGAAAUCUUGAUCUGAAGCUGGAUUUACACAUCAAACCUGAGCCAGAAAUGCACUUCUCGUAUCAAUUUGAAGGAGAUUUCCGGAACGACAUCAACAUGCUCAUCAACAUGAGCAAUCAAGAAGGAGUUCCUUUCGUUCGAAUCACAACACCUUUUACCGGGUACCAGGAGCUCCUCAUGAUCGGGAGCUACAAGUCCGGGAACGGAAAGAACUUGUUCAAAAUCACCGUGAAGAAAGAAGAUCAAGUUGUGAUCGAGAUGAUGAACAAGAUUCAAUUGGAUUCCGGGCGAGUAGAUCUCACCUCGGUCUUAACCACGCCCUUUGAACUGUGGAAGCGUUUCCAAAUCGGACUUUCAACUCGAUGGCAGGAGCCGUACUCCAUUAAAGCUCUCGUCGCUCUGAAUGACGACACCUACACUUUGGACGGCUCGAUGUCGCUGAUCCAGAAUGAGGUUUACUUGGAAAUGGCCACUCCUGUCUCGGGCUAUGAGUCGAUGAUAAUAUCGGGCAAGUCCGGCACAACAUCCAUCGGCAAGUCCUUAGGAUUUAGUUUUGAGCAAAACCGUCAGAGAAGAGAUUUGGGAUUCGAGUACGAGAUUGAAGAAAACAAUUUCAAAGCCUCCGUUCAGUCGCCCUUUGAUUCCUUGAGACGAGUGAAAAUCGUCAAGCGAUCAGCCCAAGACUUUAUAUUUGACUUUGAGACAUCAGGAGAAGCCCUGGAUUUGGCCUUGGGAGUGCACUAUGAGGUCGUUGGCAGUCAAGGUCAGGUCGUUAUCAAAGUAGACUUGGAAAAUGCUCCCGGCAGUCGUUUCCGCGAGUUCAGAAGCAAAGUCAUAUUCGAUCGAAUGGAUGGCGACCCUAGUAAUGGAUUCCUUUUGGAGGUUCAAGCCGAGGUGGACGAGCGCAAGAAGUUUAGCCUGAAAGCACAGAAGCCGGAUCAGAGGAGACCCCUGACUGACUUAUGGGAGAAGCUCCAGGAUAUCGUCAUUGAGGUUGAAGCAAAGGGGCGAGAGUAUUCGCUCCAUACUUUGAAGACUGGUGAUAAGCAAAUACAAGUCAACCUGAGGUCACCUCAACCCGAAUUCACCUCGUUGCAGUUGUCCGUUCACAAGAAAGGUGACAUCGCUUACGACAUCAAGUUCAAUAGGGAAGACGUGGAGGCGUUGAAUCUCUCCUUUGAAGUUCCCAAAGACUUUUCCAAGAUAAGACUCGACUUGAAGGCCAACAAAAACGCCAAAAAAUGGAUGAACUUGCACUUAUCCGCCACCCCGGACCUUGAAGAGCCACAGCUCGACUUCAAGUACGAAUCAAGUUCGAGAAAAGCUGAGCUGGUCUCCGCCACUUUCACCACAGCUGUGCAGGCCAGCGGCCAAGAGAAGUCAACUCGGCGCCAUUUUAGCGGGAAAUUCAAUGACAAGAUGAUUGAGUGGGACUCGACCUCGAGCACCUUGGGCAAGGAUCACUCGAAAGGCUCAUCCAAGGUAGUAACUAAUUGGGAAUACUUGGGCUUCCAAGAGCGAACCACGGACUACGAGAAAAAGGAAGGUAAGGGCGGCUUGCCCCGAUGGACUUAUGUGACCACGCAAAACGGUGAAUCCCAGGUUUCAGCCAUUGUUCAACAACUCGAUGACGGCUUUGACAUUUCUUACGUUGGCGUGUCGCCCAUGAAGGACAAAAAAGAAUUGGAGGUUCAGGCGCAGAUUCGCACGAACAUGAAAAGUACGGCCAAAGUCACCAUUCUCACCAACAUACCAACUUUCCGCAAACUGGAAGCCCAAGGGGCCCUCACACUUCGACUCAAUCCCACCAACAUUGGGCUGAAACUCAGAGUGCGGCAAAACGACAAAGACGUUCUGAAAAUGGGGCUAGGUUUUCUCGAACCUAAAGCAAAGGCUUACAAAAUGCCCAUUCAAAUCUCCUUUGUGCCCUUCAAUUUCCAACAGAAGUUGGAAGUGCUCGCUGAAGGCAAUCCCAGUGGACAACUCAAGAGUUCCAUCAAGGCCAAGGGCACUCUAAUGGAUGUCAACUCGCAGCUAGAGAUUGACAUUACCCAAAACAGCGUUUUGAUCAUUGGAAAGGCCGACGUCAACCUUAAAGCCUCUCGUAUUAAACCUUUUGAUGUAACUGGAAGGUUUUCGUUGAAAAACAACCUCGUGGACAUGACUCUGAAGAAUGCCAAGAAAGACCGGACCCACCAUAUUGUUGUUGGUCUAACUUCGCCGCAACACUUGAAAUUGAUGGUCGACAGUCCUUGGGUGCCUUUCAUCAAGUCUAAGCUAAACUACGAGAUUCGAGCCCAGAAUAAAUUCAUUGAUGGGCAAUUGGAAUUGGGACAGAAGAAAUUCGCUUCUCGUCUUGCAGGGACGUGGAGUCGACAAGCUUCUAAUCUAAGGGGGAAGCUGGAAACACCCAAAGGAACUUACAUCUUGACUUCAGUCCGAGAUAAUGUAUUCGAAAAGGUCAGCUUUGAAUUGAGGAAUGAAGCGAUCGCCAAACCCUAUAUUACUAUCAAUCUGAGAGCCAAUGGUGAUAGCUCAUCUAGCUUUGAAUUCCAAGGCGAUAUCAUGGCCUCGUCUUUGCACCCACAACGCGAGAAACCGAAUUAUUUGGACUUGACAAUCAAUUUGGAAGGCAAGCCUUCCGCCAACAACGGAAGACACAUCACGGGAACGGCGUCCGUCCGAGACUAUAGCAUUGAUAUAGAGUACAUUGACAAUCCAAGGGACAAAACGUUCACGUUAACUUUGGAAAGCCAGGAUCUGCCCAUCAAGAAGCUGGCCUUAGACCUACAAAACCGAGACGCCGAGACCAAAAGUUUGACGAUUGUUUUGGGAGAGAGGCAGUUCACAAUUUACACGAACCUUCACACUAUUCGAUCCCUAGAGCCUGACCAAAUCGGACUCAUCGGUAUUAAGGGAAAUGAUGUUGUGCCCACUGCAGAACUAAACAUCGACUUUGGAGCGAAGCAGUUUCGAUUGGUUUACUCAGGAAGAGAUCUCUUUCUAAGGUGGACUGGAUCCAUGACCUUGUCUAACACUGGAGCUGAAUUCACUGCAAAAUUAGAGGCCACCGGCUAUUUCAGUUAUGACUUUGAUUUGGAUGGAUCGGUUCGAACUGACGAGAAACACAAAGCCCUCGCCGUCAAUUUGAGAGGCAAUGGGGAUCCGUAUGCUAGUGCCUCUGUUGGGGUGGACAUGAAACCUAACAAUGCCGGGUCCUUGGUCCAGAUCAAGCUGAAUUAUGAGGGCCAAGAAGCCAAGGAACUGAUCUUCAAGGGUGACUUGGAAGAUACCGAGGAGAGUCGUUCUGUUACAAUGGACAUUAACUACAACAACAAGCUCAUCAAAGGCACCCUGUUUUGGAACAAGAGCGGCAAGUUCAAAGUGUUGCUGGAUUCCCCUUAUGAGACUCUGCAACACUUUGAAUACGUAUUUAACAAUGAACAAGGAAAAGUUGAGAGUGUACUUCAAUUCAUAAGACGAGGACAAGUCACCAAAGCCGAAGUUCGAACCCAAUUGGAAGCGAAGAAGUUGUACUCUGUGGGAAUGCUCAUUCGUAAUGAUAACGAGUAUGGCUCGUUGAAUUUCGACGCAAACCUGGAAGCCAGGAGCCUAGAUUUCAAAGCCGAGUGGCAGGAGAUUGACAUUACCCAAAACAGCGUUUUGAUCAUUGGAAAGGCCGACGUCAACCUUAAAGCCUCUCGUAUUAAACCUUUUGAUGUAACUNAAUUCAUAAGACGAGGACAAGUCACCAAAGCCGAAGUUCGAACCCAAUUGGAAGCGAAGAAGUUGUACUCUGUGGGCAUGCUCAUUCGUUAUGAUAACGAGUAUGGUUCGUUGAAUUUCGACGCAAACCUGGAAGCCAGGAGCCUAGAUUUCAAAGCCGAGUGGCAGGGCCAGAAGAUCUCACUAACAUCAAGGGUGUCCGGAAAGGAUGUGACGAUCAAGGUUACAUCACCCUACGAGAAUAUGAAGGAUGUGACCCUCAAUGGACGAUGGGAGCGAACAUCGAGUGGGCUGAGGCUAAAAGCCUCCAGUUCCAAUGAGCGAAAAUCACAUGACUUUGUCCUAGAAGUAAAAAAGAUCACCAAUGAUGAAUCGACACUCUUCUGGUCCUUGAGAGAGGAUACCAAUGAGAUUAAGUUUACCUUGAAUACAAAGAAAACGUCUCUAGCCAACGUGGACAUCAAUCUUGAUCUAACAUCCCACAAAGGGAACCUCAUCCGACUGGGCAUUAAGUAUUACGUCCUGAACAAGUUCCUUCACGCCGAGCUGACCAUGAAUUGCCCCUCGAUUCAAGUGUUUGAUGGUAAAUCAAAGUUUCACGUCGGUUUCGUUAGUCCCAGGAACAUGCAGAUUCUGUUGAUGUCUGAAUACUCUAAGUCCGACUCAACGAGUGGCGGUUCCGAGACGCUCUUCAACAUUGUCACAGAACUGCAAUUCGAAGAGUUUGACAACGUGGUUCUAAAGUUUGAAGUGGAAGUCCCAUCCCUGGGCUUGGACCAAGGAGACGUCAGUCUAGAGGUGGUUUUCAGGGUGCAAGCCAAGGAAGACUUUGAGGUGGCAGCCAAGAUUGGCGCCAAUGGGAAGCUCUUCAAUUAUGGAAUCAAGUAUCGACGAACGGAGGACGGGGAAAUUGAAUCCAGAAUCCGUUUCACUGGUCCAGACCUUCAGUUUGAUCUCUCGGUUGAAGGGCAACUCAAUUGGAAAGGAGACAUGAAGUCUGCCAAACUGGCAAUGCGUGAAGAGGGAUUAAAUUGGGGAGAAGGCGAAUUUAACUUGAAAUACGACACCACCACCAGAGACAGCCAGGCCAAGCUCUAUGUCAAGUGCAAAUCCGGCCAAUUCGAUGAUCCCCUUCGGAUGGAGUAUACCUACGUCCAUGAAGAGUCACUGAGACUUUCCGGUCAAAUGUUUGAUCAAGGAUCGCUUACGAUAGCCGGCAAAAAGACUGAAGAUAUUGUGUCGGCUAAUUUUGAAAGUGACUUUCUUCCCAUCAAAUCUGCCUCGUUUCUUCUGGAAGAGCCCACCAACGGCAAGGGUCGAUUUGAAUUGUCUGCCAAACGAGCAGAAGACUCCAAAUUGAAUUUCCGAGUUCGAAGAGACAUUGACGAAAUUCAGGCCAAUAUCGUCGAUCCCAAACAUGGAGAGAUCAAUCUUAUUUAUGGCCAAGAGACUCAGAAUGUGUUGUUCUUUAAAACCAAGGAACACUUCCACCAACUCUCCUACGGAUUUGAUGACGACCAAGUAUUUCUUCAUGUAAAUAGUCCCCUCUUGGCCAAGGAAGAGGCUAAAUUCCUUUUGCGUCGUGAGGAGCGAGAUAAACGCCACGAAAUAGAAAUAAUGUCCUUCUUGGGUUCCUUGAAAGGUGAACUUUACAAUCGACAAGAGCGACUGGGCUUGGACGUUCAUCUCUCGAGCGAUUCCCCGGAAAAUGGUUAUGGCAUGUCAAUCGAUCUCUCCAAAGCCAUGUUAGAUGGAAGAGCCAAGAUUCAAGUUCGCGAGGACUUUUACGAGGUCGAAGCAAGAAACGAUCAUUCACGACCAGGGGAAGGAUCUAUGGGAGUGUCAGUCGGUUUGAAUGAAGAUCGUAAAGAAUUCGGAUUUGCCUACGAAGUGAACGAUGAUGGUAUGGUUGUGGAUGUUCAUUCGCCCGUGGAAACCCUGAAAGCGUUCAAGGUGGUCAAUAAAGUGAAGAGAGAUACAGGGCAGGUCGAGUUCAAAUUUGAAGCGGAGGGAAACGAAGAUCUACUUUUGGCAGGCGCAGGAAUCCGAUUCGACCAGAACAAGAGAACCCUGGAGGUUUUACUGAAGACCCCAUUGCUUCCCGGCAAAUAUGGAAACCUCCAGCUCGAAGCUCUUUGGAAUAACGUCGACCGUGAUAUGAGCAACGGAUUUGAUAUUAAUGUCGAGGUCAAGGCAAGUGGGGAGCUCAUUCAAAAAGUCUCCUUCUCCAAGGCACCUUCUCCGGGAUUGAGCGAUUUACGAGCUAUCGACGCUAUAAAAGGAUUUUCACUCAACAUAUCAUCCCAAGACAAGACCAUCUUUGAUCUGGAAACGCUCGAAACGCCCCCGGGUCUUUUCAAGCUCCGUGUUUUGUCCAAUUACCCUGGCCGAAAGCUUAUGGAACUGAAUUUGGAAAGCUCUUUCAACUGGAAUGACCAAGUUGGUUUUAAAUUGGAUGUGAAUGAGAACUCCAUUGUGGCCUUUGAAGGCAAAGUCAACAAGGACACUGAUAUGAUGGCCACUGCAAAGGUUAGGUUGGCUUCGGUUGACCAAAGCAAGUUUGGAGAGUUCGAAAUUACCCUAACCCCUAUCAUUGCUUUGCCCUCUCUAAAACUUAAAGCCACUUCUAGUCAUCCAAAGCUGAAGAUCCUCGAUUUGGAUUUUCAGAUGACAGAAACCGAUCAAGGACAAACGACAAAGCAAAUCAGAACAUUGGAUUUCAAGUUCAAUGAUAAGUUUGUCACUUGGCGGUCCGAGUCCACCAAUCAAAAGGAUUCACCCGAUUCUGCAGGCACUUCUAUAACCAAGACUAAUAUGGUGGGCCUCUUGGGCUUCAAUGAACAGACCACUGCUUACGAGAUCGCAUCGGGUGACGACAAUUCAGCCAAUUUUUGGUCGUACCAAACUGAUCGAGAUGGUGAAUUGAACAUGAGAGCAGUCAUUGAGAGAGUUCCCAAUGGCUUUGACAUUUCCUACAAGGGAAAAUCUCCGUUGGAUGGGAAAAAUCUCGAGAUGCAAGUGAAAUUGCGGACCAACAAGCAAAGCACUUUUAAUUUGAAAGUCAAGACCAACAUUGCCACUCUUCGCGAGAUUGAACUCAAAGGUAGUUGGAGGUCGGCGGGUAAAAAGCACGAGCUCAAGGGCCUGGCUACCCUGAACGGGGACGAGGUCGGCAAGAUGGGCGUGGGAUUCCGAUCGACCGAAAGGAGUGCCGCGGUGUCGAUCUUAAUGGUCGUCAAACCGAUCCGUUUCAACCAACAAUUCUCGCUCUCCGUGGCGAAUUUGCAAAACAUGCCCAAGAAAUUAUCUCUAAAAACCGAGGUUCGUAGUCGAGGUACGAUUCUAGAUUUGACCGGGGAUCUGAGUUUGGUCUUGCCUAAGAACAAUCAAGAGCUACCUUUCAUGGACCUUUCGGCAUUCGGAGCCUUAAAAAGCUUCCAAUCCGGCCCGAAAACGUUCGACGUGACUACCAAACUGGAAAUGGGAAAACAAAAGCUGGAUCUCGACCUCGUGUAUGACAUCCAGAAACAACGCGGCAAGCACCACAUCAAUGCGUCUUUGACCAACAAAGAGCUCGAUCUGAAGAUCUUAAUGGAACAUGAUGCCUACACUGCCUCCAUUCAUCACAAAACGACUUGGGUGACUUCGCUGGAAGAGCUCUGGACUCAAAUUCAGACCGACUCAUUUGCGGAUGAUUUUGUGUUCAAGUACCAGACGCCAGAGCAUAACAUCUUGUACAAGGAGAGCAACGAUAUUUCUUGGGCCAAAGGGAAACUCAUUCGAAAUUGGGAACUCAAUCAAAAUGGCUUUUUACGUAAAGAAGGCCUCGAGCUGGUUUAUCCAAAUCCUUGGGGCUGCUCUGGACGACUACGGAAAAACAGUGGAGGGGAGCGGGGAUCGAACUUUGACCUGAAUAUCGUCUUGGAAGAGUCCCAUGAGGGAGUUUGUGAAUCUGAGUGGGACAUUCUAUGGAGGAAUUCCAAGUGGUCGGUCUCCCAAAAGGCCGAUCUGAAGAAUUGGAGUGUGUUUGAGUUUCAAGUGACUGACGAUGCCUUUGGACAGAGUAGCCCAAUAACAAUCUCUUGGAAGAAAUCUGCUUCGCCUCUUAAAGUUGUGGCUGGAAUCGAAUUUCACCCUCUUCAAUCAUGGAAUAAGCAUGUCACCUUGGAACCCGUGAGCAUCAAAUACUCGCUGACGGACAUGGAGUCCAGUACGCCAAACCGAGUGCAGCAAUUGGCAUUGGAUAUCAACAAUGGCAAGAGGAAACUCGUCUAUUCCCACGAGCGUAAUGGGAAUAGCAAAGAGUGGAAGCUUCUGUCCAAUGUGAUUCCAGUCAGUCCGAUUAUGAUCAAAUCGAGUGGUAGCAAUGAAAGCACUGGCAUGAGAAACUACGAGAUCAGGAUACCGGAAAGGUCGUGGUUUGUCGAAACGAACAUGGGACGAAUCCCCACCACCAAAUCAUCAAUUCAAGACUUGGACAAUUUGGUCUUUAAAGCCAACGGUCAUGACGACUUCCCAGUCAUCGACUUCCAUUUGAGCAGACAGGAAGGUAAAAUGAACCUGAAUUAUUCGAGGAAAAGCAGACAGUUCAACUCGGCAGUCACAUUUGACGAGACCACGAAAACCACCCAAGCCUCUAUCAGCCUGGACACACCUGAGCAAAAGAUGGCGACCCAUAUUUCAAUCCAACUCGGGGACCAAAGGGAGAUUGGCGUCAAGGUCAGCUUGGACAAUUUAUCUUGGAUGGAGGCCUCCAUUGUGUUUGAAGGGGGUUCGCUAACCCAGGGAUCAACUCUCACGGGAUCCUUUGCGUUUCCGCAACAAGCCCAAACACUCGACUUCAAGGCUAACACUGAAUCAAAGGCCGAUGUCAUUCGCGGUGGAAUGACCAUCACUUUCAAUGGCAAAGAGGCCAAUCUGAGGCUUUUGAAGACUCAAGAAGGGAUCCUCUCCUUGGAUUUAACUACCGAUUUGUCGACCUUGAAGCGCCUCAAAGUAGUGGCUGAAUAUCAAAGUCGAGGCACAACUGUUCUUGACUUGCUGAUGGAAGGCAAUCGAACACUCAUGGCCAACUUUGAGUCUAAUAUGGGCAUCGAACAGGUCUAUGGAUUAGCUCUGAAGGCGGAAUUGGAUGGCAAGAAAGCCGCCAUGACCUCUGUGAUGGAUCUGAGCAAAGGCGGAAGAAAGUUCGUUUUCGACUCUCAAUGGUUGGAUCAAACGUUGACACUCAAAGCAGAGUCUGAGGGCUCGAAAGUGGAGAUCAACAUUUCGAGCACUCUUCAAGAAAUAUCCGACGUGAAUGUGGAAGGAACUUGGAGUAUCAACGAAAAUGGGGGCACCAUAAAGGCAACCGGCGAGCACGAAGGCAAUCCGGUCACAUUUGAACUGAACUACGGCAAAAUCCAACGCGAAUACUCUUUGGAGUGGUCUCUUUCGUCAUCAGUCACCAAAGAGGUCAAAUUUACAUGGAUCACAGACUUUCAAAACAUCAAGAACUUGGAAUCUAAUCUUCACCUCUUAGUGGACGACGAUUUGUUGAGCCAAUUUAACAUCAAGAUCGCCACCAAUGACGACAUUCGUGUCUCGUCAAUGCUUUCCAUUCCAAGGCUGGACAUCAUCAUGGCUAAAGGCCAAUUGCGCAUGCAUCACAACGGGCCCAACGACACUGAAUUGAAGGCGUCCUUCCAUCUCCAGGACAAAGUGAAUGAGGAGACCCAAGUGAUCUUCGACACCCAAGUGGUUGGCAAGGUUCUCUCACCCAAGAACUUCGACUUGCAGUUCAAGUUGGUUUUGCCCGCUUUGAACAUUAACCCCGGAGAUGUGGAUGUGGGCAUGGUUUUGUCACUAGAGUCGGCCACUGAUUUUGAAGUUGAAACCCGAAUUGGCGUGAAAGGAGAGCUCUAUCAGGCCAGACUUCAAUUGGAACGCGAUGAGGACGGAAAAGGGGUAAAAGCUGGAGUUACUUUCAAAGGCUUGGGCGUGAACGUGGAAUCGGAUUUUGAUUACAUUGUCUUGGGAGAGAAGCGGACCUCGAAAAUCAACUUUGUCACCUUGAGUAAUCGCACCGGAGCCAAACGACAGCUGACUUCUGAGUUUGAAGUAGAUUGCUCUUCGGGCAGUCUCUCGAUCUCAUUCAACUUGGAUAAUGUGCAUGAUGACGUGCCACCGAUUUCUCUGGUCGUUGAAGCCAAACAAUGGCGAACGUUGGAGGGGUUCGUGACUAAGAGCGACGCCGAUGUCCUCCAAUGGAAUAUCGUUUGUUCUCCCCAGGACAAAACUUUCCAAGCCGAGAUCUCGUCCGAUAUUGCUCCUGUUCAAUCCAUUCAAAUGAGACUGAAUUGGUCGAAACCUGGGGAGAUGGAAUUUUGGAUUUUGAAGAAUCCCAAUCAUAAGACAGGGAUUCGAGUCAAACGAGAUAUGUCCCAAGUUUCCGCCGUAUUUCAUGAUCCUCAUAUGGGCGAUUUCCACUUUGAGCUGGGGGAGCAUGUCAAGUCCGGGAUCUUGGUGAUGAAGACGCGACACGCUAUCCACAAGCUAUCCUACGACCUGACCAUGAAAGAUUCCUUUUACGACAUCAAGUUUGAUUUGAGAAGUCCCUUCCUCCAAAAAGGCAGUACACAAUUUCAUUUGAUCAUCAAUCCAAAAGGCAAUCACUACAAAGUGAAAAUCGACUCGGAAUUUGGCUCGAUUCAAAGCAACGUUCUGCUUCAAGAUCGAGGCAUGACCUUCCAAUUUCAAUCCGUCGCUCUUUCCAAGUCCACUUGGUUUCACUCCAUGAACAUGAAGCUCAAAGUCAGGAAUUCUGAGAACGUAGCUCUUUUCGACUUUGGAAUCGUUCCAAAUGAAUUACUCUUUUGGAGGACCUACGAUUGUCGGCUGUAUCUUGACAAAAACAACUUGCGUGGGGACAGCAAACUUCGAAUCUCGAACUUGAUCGACUUCAAAGCCCAUGGGAGUUUGUCGUUUCAUCAUGAAGGCAUGAUUUGGGAUGGCAAGAUUCAAUCUAAUGGUCGAAAGCUCAAUAUCUACGGAGAGAUCACAACGGCUAAGUUAGACUCUUGGGACGCUUCAGUGGUCAUAGAAGAGUCGAGCAAUGAGACGGGACAACCUCAAAAGGUCAGUCUGUCGGGUGGCUUUCAUUGGACUGAGAGCAAGAAAUUGAUCUUCAUCCAAUCCUUGCCGGAUAUGCCCGAUAACAGCGAGAUUCUCUUCCAUCUUGACGUCACCCAUGGAACAUUCGAAGCGACUCUCCCAUUCAUUUAUUCGGUUCAGAAGCUGAGAGGUACUUUCUCCGUGGAUGACGAUUUCAGCAACUGCGCCAUUCAAAUGGAAGUCAACGGGAACAUGCGAAGUCUUACCUUUGGAUAUUCACUUCAUGAGUCGGAGCAAGCACCAAGAGCCAUUCAGUUGGAAUAUUUGGAUCACGCUGGACAAAUUGUGGGAAUCAAAUUUGAGUUAGUUUCCGCUGAAUGGGAAUCCCUGCAUCUAUUAUUUUCUGGUUAUUUCAAUGUUUUGGAUGUUUCUCAUGACAUGGUGGUGGAUUUUCUCCUUGACGCCAAGAAAUGGGACACAAGCCGAGAGUUAUCAGUCCUUAGCCAUGCCCAGAUCGAUGGAGAAUUUGUCGAUGGCUCUGUUGACCUUUCAUGUGAUUCCGAUGCCCGCCUUAAGUUUGAACUGAUCUCCUCUUUGGACAACAAUCUCCGAAAGGGUCUGGAUUUUGCUUGGAGCAAUACCAACGUGCACCAACAAUUUCGUUUCCAGUUGAAUUUUGGAACUGAUCAACCCCUGGGUGUAUGGAUUAAUCGGAGAUACCAAUCCUAUCAAGACUUUGACCUGGCCUUUCAAACGAAUGUCCCUUGGGUACGAUCCCUUGGGAUUCCACAAAUCCAUGUUCACGCUGCCAACGCCAAAUUGGAAGGAACGUGGCGCCGAUUGGCCUUGAUAUUCGCCAACAUGGGCCUUAAUUUGGAGUACACCUUGUUUCGAUCGAAAGAAUUCGCGUUCAAUCUUCAGGGACAAUGGUCAAGCGCCAACCAAUUCUUGAUCAGCCAUCAUCACAAGAUGCUCUCUGACGCAAGUCGCAUUUCCUCUACCGUGAAAGGUGUUUUUCAGGCCACACCGUUGUCUGCCAAAAUGAACAUGAUGUCCUAUAAGCCAUCCCAAUUUCGGUGGAACUCCGUUCUGGGGCGAUGGGGAGGGCAAACGUUUGAAUUGUUUCAACUUCCCUCCAAUCACAUCCAAGUCGCCCUCUCCGAUAAAGCUCGAUCUGCAUUGCAAUGGUCGGAAGCAAAUGGGGAGACUUUUUUGAAAUUCGAUCAUUAUCAUCGGAAUGGAUAUGGACAAGUCAAGUCAAUCCAACUUUGUCAUCUUUGGGGACAGACAUCGUUGUCGGAAAGCUAUCUCCUCACUCAAGGUAUCGCAUUUGAAAUGAAAGUACCACGCGACCAUGUGUCCACCUCCUUCAAGUUGGCCCUGUCAGAAACGAAUGGUCGCUCCCAAAAGGACAUUUUGUCAGUGGAAAAACUCGUGCUUCCCCAAGACGGACUGGAACUACGGGUAGGAGAUCUGAACGGCCGCUCGGUAAAGGUCCAGUGGCAAAAUAAUGGACGCGCUGAACAAAAGACCUCAAGACAAGUCCUUGGUCUGGCUUGGACUUCGACGAGUGACCCGCUCCCAUCGACAGGAGGCGUCACAUUCUCGCUCCAUUCGGAUCACACCUCAGCCGUUCAAUUAGAUGUCCUCACAAUUCAGAGGUUGGGCGUUCAGCCGCGGACCCUGAGUCUUCGGAGGAUCCAAGAGAAACGAGGUAUCGAAAUGAGAGCUCUCAUCACCAGUCCUGAGACAGAGGAAACAUUUGAUAUUUGGUACUUGUUCAAAGGCUUAAAGGAGUUGAACCAUCUGUACUUUGAAAUGGGAAGCCAUCUUCAGAUUGGUUCCUCGAUUGAGAAGAGCCUUCACUUUUCGGGAGACAUCAACCCAACAACUCUAACGGGACAGUAUCAUCUUCAGCUUGAUCAAGAUAUGUACGACGCUCAGGUUUCUCAUCUCAUCACGCCACUAGAUGGAUACACUCUCGAUGUUGAAGUGCAGCGUUCAACAAUCUCUGGACUGAAAAUCGGGGACUCCUCUUUCUGGUUGAAAUUCGACCCAAACGCUCCCAUGCUUCAGGGACAAUUUCAACCUCUGAAUUCUCGUGGAUCAGGGAGCCUUGAGACGAAAUUCCAGCUUGGAUUUCAAAGCGAUUCAUUGAUGGUGGCUAACAUGACGAUUUUUGAGUCUCAUGAGCCAAAGAACGACUGCAGUUGCUCCUUGGCAAUUUUACAAGAUCACAUCCUGCGUUUUGAGGUUGUCGGUUCCUCGGAAGAUUUGACCAACAUCCAGAACAUUUGGAUCCAACCUGUUGAACACUUCCUUCGACAAAUUCUCUUACAACCAGUUGCAAUUUCUAAACCCACUCAGAUGGUGUUGAAGAACAUACAAGGCUUCACGAUUGGACUAUUAGAUGAUUUCAUUGAGGGCCUCGACGAUUCUGUCUUUAGCACCUCAAUGGAACAAAUCGUGGAAAAGAAAUGGUCCCUAAUCAACAACUUCGAAUUCUUCUUGGAAAAAUCCCGACAUGUUCUUGUCGAACUUUCCCGACUGGCAGAUUUUCAAAUAACCAUUGAGAGGCAAUAUCUGAGAGCUCUACUUUCAGUUAGCAGAACUCUUUUCACCGAAGUCACCACUCUAGUCAUCGACAGUUUAGACGUAGGCGUCGUUCUUUUCGAAAGGAACAUGAACUCCGGAAUCGAGUGCAUCAGGAUGAUUGCACCCAUUUCGUUUUGGGACGAGCAUGUUUUUCCGCACCUGGAAAUGGCCUGGACACAGAUGAACCAAUGGUGGUUCACUAACCGUUUGGCUUUUACGGAAAGUUCCUUGAAGAAGAUCUGCGUUUUCGCAAAUGAGUUUUCGCAACAAAUCCGCCAGGAAGCCUUUCAAUUCUUUAAAGAGCUCCACUUGUUUUUGAAGCAAGCCGAGUUCUUUCAAAGUACUCUAGAAUUUUAUUGGGACUAUCAGAGUUGGCUGGAAGAGAUACACUUCUCAGAACAUGUGGAAAACGCUCUAGGUGACGCUGCCAGCGCCAUAUCUCGAGGUUUUUCGGUAGGAAAAGCCAUCCAUUUACAGAUCAAAUCAACUGUGUCGAAUCUAUGGAAUGGCCUCGAGAAGGAAUUAGUUGAAGUCGUCGAACAAUUGCCAUUACCCAUGGCACGACGUUUGGCAGAAAAGUCUUUCAAUUUCCUCUCCUACUCGACUUCUCUCUUCACAGACAUGACCUCUCUCCGAGAAAUCUUCAAAGUUACCAUUACUCAGAUAGACGCAUGGACCGGGCUCAUCUUCCGGAUGACCAACGUCAUCUUUUAUGGCAACGAUAUACCCCAAUUGGUCCAAACCCAUGAACCAGAUCAAAGGCUUUAUCGGGCGACCUUUACCUCACCUCUUGAGUGGACAUCGUUCAAAGAGACGCCCAAAAUUAUCCAAGUGAUUGAGCAUCUUCACAAGCCAGAGCGAGCCAAUGAUGUGUCCUUUGACAUGCUGGAAUUUCAACACGACAUCCUGGAAGCGAUCAACACUCUCAACGCUGCCAUUACAACCAGGAACGUGGUUCCACCAUUCUCGGCUCAUGCACAAAUCAUUGGCAAUGGGCAAAUCCGAAGCUUUGAUGGGACUUUUUUCUCGUUCAGACCUACAAAUUGCUCUUACUUGCUGGUGUCGGACUUCCUACAUAACAGGUUUUCCCUCUCUGUUCAUUACAACGAUGGUCAGAGAACCCACUUAUCCUUCACGGAUGGCAAAACUCUUAUUGCCAUCGAUAACAAUCUAAAAGUGACGGUCAAAGGUCGGCAAAUGCGCUUGCCUCAACUUAUUGGAAGUACAUUCAUCCAAAGGUACAAGAACCGACUAAUGCUUGAGAGUGGCGACGGCUUGAAAUUGGAAUGCAAUAGCGUGAGCCAAAUCUGCUCCGCGACCGUGUCGGGAUGGUAUUUUGGCAAAACUGGAGGUUUGUUCGGCAUUUAUGAUAACGAACCUUCGAACGACUUCAUGGCUCCCAAUCGAGAUAUCUUGGUGAAUCCGAUCAGCUUCGUCCAAUCUUGGCAGCUCUCUCAGAAUACCAGGACAUGCUCAGUGACUCCAUACACCACCGAAAAACAACCUUCAGGGAUGGAUUUGUCUGCGAAAUGUCGACAUCUCUUUACGUCUCCACAAUCAGCGCUGAUGCCUUGUUUCGAAACAGUGGAUCCAACCAAGUACGAAUCAUUUUGUGCACAAGACCAAGAAGGCGACGACAGUGUUUGCCGGUCUUCAGCUGCCUAUAUUGAAUAUUGCAAGUUGAAGGCCAUCGAAUUAUGGAUGCCAAGUGAAUGUGUGUCCUGCACAGAUGACCAAAACCAGGACUAUGUGGUGGGCUCCAGUCAAACUUUAGAAGGCAAACAACUGCCUCGAUCAGCAGAUGUGGUCAUCCUGAUUGAAAGUAACGCAUGUUUCAAGAACAUGUCUUUAAACUCCAUUCCAACUUACCUGGAUUACGCACUUACCAAGGAAGGGAUCGAAAAGAAUCGAUUUGGCGUCGUAGGAUUUGGCGGGAAUGAUCCACAUUACCAGGAUCCUAUGCCAUACACUGCUAUGGGAGAAGAUAUCUUUACAAGAGCUAGCAAAAUAGAGGACGCUCUCAAAGGCGUGACCAAUGUUCAAUCUGGAGACUCCUUGUCCAACAUGUAUGAAGCUCUUCAGUUCAGUGGACGUCUCCCCUUUAGAGCGGGUGUCAUCAAAAUGGUUAUCCACGUCAGCUGUCACGAGGGUUCAACCUCUAACUUGGUUCAGAGUCCCAACUACGGCGAUGCCCUAACUAUGCUGAAAGAACAGAACAUUGUCUUCCAUCGACUCCAACCCAACUCUUUUACAUAUAGGAGCGGCAAACAUGGGUCAGAGCCAAUUCUCGGCUUGUCCUCGGAUGAUCUUUUCACAGCAACCUCGUUGGAUCAGAACCGUAAACACCCGGAAUUAAGGCGACAGGUGCAAGUACCCAAGCAUGAUGUCCUGACAACCUUGGCCUUGGAAAGUGGAGGAGUUGUGUUCGAUGCCCAGUCCCUGAUUUCGCCCCUAAACCCCGGCGAUGAGAAGAUCUUGAGCUCUUUGUUUGCCCAACGUGUGUCCAAGCUUGCUAUACCCGCCUCUUGCCAAAUUUGCGAUUGCAUCCCUGGAUCCGACGGUGAAGGCUACUUGCAAUGCCGCUCAUGCAUUCAGCACGAGUUUGAUCUUCUGCUUUUGCCUUCGGCCCAGAAUCAUAGUCAACGUCAUGUUUCGAAUCAAUUUCAUUAAAUAAUUUAAAUUACUGCCAAAUGUACUUGUAUUGAAAUUUGGAAUAUAUGUCAUUUUAUCUUGAAA